AUGUCGGAAAGGGCGCGCUAUCAUCCUCCCUUCACCGUUCUCGCUUCUUGGCUUCGGUACAUCCUACCGGGACUCUUCUGUUCAGCAUUGCUCAACAUCACCACAGAAGCUGUGCAUGCAUUCACAGCAACGGCCACACUGACUGGGGCGCACCUACCUGGUCCAGGCAAAGCUCUGGCACAGCUUCCCCUUUCAGGAGCUGAACUCUACAUUUUACCUCUAUGUGAGUGCACGGGACUGCGUUAUGCGGCUAUGCAAGGAUCUUCAUGCUCCUUAGGGGCCACAGUAGAGUCGACUGACCUCUGCUUCGUUCCUCGAUCGUAUUGUGCUUCUGUGGAGCCUGCGGAAAUGGUUGAUGGGGCUAGUUUCACUAGUUCUACUAUUUGGGAGGAAAUCCAGGAGUCUGCCGACUUUUUUGAAAGGACUUUGCCCAAGGCCACAAUAGCAUCAUGCCGUUGUUGGCCCCUUGGAGAUGUUAUGGUAGCACCGUGCGGCCAGCAGGUGCAUCAGCAGACCCGAACUGCCAAGAAAUCUUUUCCUGGUACCGAUAGACCUGCAGAUGCUUCAGGAUCUUUGAACACUGACUCUAUGUCAAAAAUAGUCUGGGCACUGAAGGGACAUUCAGAACACCUGCCGAACUUGAAAUCACAAGUUUUUGCCCCCGCCAAGCUCCCAGGCUCAAACUUUCACCGCAGGCUAUUCCACAGAUUUGUUCAGGCAGCGGGCUUUCACCAAUUUAACACAAAGUGGGCUCGCCGUUUGGCUACAGAGAAGGCGAUCACGGGCAGUAAGCCCAGAUCGGGAGGUGCAGUCGAGCAUUCGAGAGCUCGGUGUCACAAGAGCUGCCAAAGCUGCUUAGAGCCCGGUCGUGACCGCUGCCGCACAUGCCCCAACCAAUUGCCUUACCCAUACCUUCCACCAAAGCCUAGGUCGCCCUCGUCAUCCACUGACGAGCUUCAUCUCGGCAUGCUUGACUCUCAGCUCCAUGAAGUGCAAUACCAUGCCCUCGUAGCCGCCCAUCGAGACGGUAGUGGUUAUUGCAUUCCGUUGGAAUUUGGGGACAACAGGCUUGCGGCUGCAGAUCCGGAGUGCGUCUCAUCUGGGUUGUCGUGCAUUGUGGCAAAUUUGAGAGCAUCAUGGGGGGCAUUUGGUGACACUUGGAAUUCCAGGAAAACAAGCCAUUGCCACUCAACGUGUUCUGCUUGUCGCGCCGAUUGUUGCCGUGGAAAGGCUGACAAUUGCCUAGCCUGCAAAGGCUCACGCCAAGCCUUCCAUCCACUCUACCGAGAUGGUACGGGACGGUGUUUAGAUUUAACUCUUUCCGAUGAAGAAUUGCCUGCGACGGGGUGGGACCAGCAAGGCACCGUUGAAGGGACACCAGUGCUGCAAGAACAUCAAAACAACACCUCGAAAAGGGAGGAUACAAGCAGCUUUUCUGCUCUUCUUCAAUCCAUAGUCAAUGUUGCCUCUUCCGUACCUGCUGGGCGCGUCAUAGGGGAUCCAGAGGUGGCAGCCUCAAUCAAAAACGGAGCAACUAGAACUGGCCCUUCCUUCCUUCCGCGACGUUCUCUCUGCGAAUCCUUGCCCCGAAAAAUUGGCGACAUGCCAAUUCGUGCCUGGUCUCAGCUCAUGUUUGUUCAUGCAGACAAUAACUUGGAAGAGUCUGCCUUACUGGACUUGGAAGAGAUGCUGCACCCAUGGAGGGGUGAGAUAGUGAAACGGCAUGCUCGGGCUGCUUUGCGAGGGAGAGGCACACCGCCGUUACCAGUUGGCGGCUCUGCGCUGAGCGGCUUAACUUCUCAAGAGGCUCUCGAAGACCUCUACCUGGUCGUACUCAUAGAUCGGAGCAACCAAACGAAUUCAACAGAAAUGGGAACAGUGCAUGCGUGUCCUGAGUUGGAGUAUUCAAAUCUAGGUGAAGGCGUCAAACAGCUACCAGGUACAAGUGAAGUUGAGUUGAAUACGCAAAUGGCAUUCGAAUUGCUACGGGUUCACUUGCAGGACGGCAGGCGUGAAUGGCUCCUACUCCGCAGUCUCGGAGAGGUAGAUAUGAAUGACCCUGGAGUUUUGGGGACUGCAGUGACACGUUUCUUGGACAUAUUUCCAUCGCGGCACUAUGCCGUAGUUCUUUGGAACCACGGUUCGGCCUGGGCCGGGUUUGGCGACGACGAAAGUAACCCGAACAGCCAGCCUAUGAGCAUUCAUGAUAUUGCUGUUGGACUUAAGAAGUCCAUGGACCCUACCUCUCUCAUCCGCAAACCACCCCCUCCUUACCGGACGGCUACAGCAUUCGAAUACGGCACUAGGUUCGUGGCGAGCUAUGGCCUUCACCCACCGUCGUCCAAUGCGCUGACACUUUCACUCAUCGAAGUUCGAGCAUUCAAUGAAUUCAAGAAAAAGUUCGAAGAGCUGCUAGAGGUGCGCAUUGAAGGGGUCUGUAUUCUUGCGGGGGAAGCAACAUUACACGUCGGCUGCUAUGACUUGAACGAUUUCCUCGCGAGCCUGUUGCAGCAGUUUGCUAGCGAUGAACAAGAAAUGGGAAGGAUCAGCAUUCAAUCGCGGACACAGGAAGAAGAAAGUUCGUGGGCUUUUAACAACUUGAAGCUUCCCAACCCACUAAGUACGCAGCAUCGACAAUUGCAACAAUGGACUAAGCAAAGAUACACGGUGAAUGCCUUCGGUGCGGCGCAACGAGCUUUGACGGACAAGGUUGUCGCGGCGAGAGUCCUCUUUAGGAAAAUGAUUGUGGCUGAGGUUGGUAGCAGGGAGCCCGGCAGAUAUGGCGGAUUGAGCAUAUACUUUCCUGAUCCAAACAUGGCUUUUCUUUCCGAUGUUUGGUACUGUGCCACGCCACCUACAGGAUUUGCAUCAAGUAUCCUCAAGGCUGAUCAGCAAGAAAUAAUUGUAACAGGCACAGCGCAAGCAACUAUGACUGAUGCGGAGGUUAAAAGUUUUUCCGUUCCGCUGAAUUUCGGCGAAGUGCCUAUCGAAAUUCAACAGGUCAAUAGCCGCUCAGGAGACGUAGCUGGAAAGAAGGGCUCACAAACAGGGCGAGAAGAAGCAGACCCAGUUGCUGCUCUUCGGGAAUUCACAGUAGUGCAGGGUUGGUGGGAUACUCACGUCUGGAUACUGAAGCAGGAGCUGCGCUUAGACGAUGCCCUAAAAGACCCCAGACCCCCAGGACAAAGGCUAGGAAGUUCUGGAAGAGUUGAAGCAGUUGUGGUUGCGAUUCAGGAGGGGUCGGAGUCGUCUCGGCUUGGCGCAGGAAGGGGCCUUCACCAUGUUUCCACCAAAGGUCUAAAUGCCGGCGAAACAAUUGUGAAGCGCCGGGUCCUGUCUACUCUUGUUCUGCCACUGGGAGUGCCAGCGAAGAAUAACGGAGGUCUCGAGAUCCCCAGCUUUCAGCCACGAACAUCGGGAAUCGCCAUAGAAACACCAUUCUCAGAGACGCUCGGGAAUCGCGAGCCAGGCACAGAGUAUGCAUCGAGAGAAAGAGAUUAUGACCAGGUGAGUCUGCGCCAACUCUCUAGCAAGAGAGUUGGAUCGCCGUCUUGGUUGAUUCACGAGCGUCUGGGACGAGAGCCGCAAAGGCAGGAAGGAACGAAGCACCAAUGUGGAGCAAGAGCCUUUCUAUUGGCCUCCUGGGAUGAAGGGAAAACAGUGUCGAGCGAGCUGGUCCUGUACGUGGUAGAGAACGAGCAAACAACAGAGUGGCCUCGCUCAAGAGGAGGCUUGCUAGUGCCAAUAGAGCAUCGCCUCCGGAGGACCACUCUUUCUUACGAAGGUUUUCCGACCUCCCAGCCAGUGGGUGGAGACGGGCACAAGAGAAAUCAUAUCAGACGUCCUGUAUCCAGCUGGGACUCGGCGCAGCGACAAAGUACGAGCCGUGUCGCGAAUAACAGGUUUUCUACAUUGAGCUCUGAAAAGGGUACAGCCUUCAGCCGUCCUUCACCUACUGAGGAAACUGGCAUUCAUGAUGCCAACUAUGGAGGAGAGCGGAACCGCCAGACUCCACAAGCGAACGUCGCAGCUGUCGUCCUUGAGGAGUCUGUAGGAGACGUCACCUUCUUCUGGAACGUAGAAUCUGACGUGGGCAAACUCUACCUUCAGCCGGCUAGUAUCUCAACAAUUCUUCGUGAACGUCGGGCGAAAAUCGGUAUCUCCGGUCUUCAAGAGCCAAGCGUUGAAAGGGCGGUUGUUGGUUUCAUUGCGCAAGACGUACUCGACCAGAGAGCUGUGGCAGCCAGCUCAGUGCCCAUAGUUGAGCCAAAGCCUAUAGCAGCCCACAGUAUUUGGGAGUCAAUAGGGCAAUCUCUUGGCUUUGGUGACUUUGCCACGGGCGACGCAGAGGCUUCGAGUAAUUUUUCGUCCCCUUCGACGUGCCAGUCUCACUGGCUAGGGGACGGCAUAUGCGAUGAGCUGUGUGAUACUGCAGUGUAUGGAUUUGAUCGCGGUGACUGCCCGCACCGAAACGCUGCUGCAGAACAUCUUCUCGAGCAGCAAGAAGAAUCACCUCUAGUAGCAACAAUAUGGGAAGGCCCGAGAGGACGUUACGUGUGCAGAUGCCCCAAAGGCUAUACUGGAGAUGGAACCAGCUGCGAAGACAUCAACGAGGAAGCUAUAGGUGCAUAUGCAAAUUUCUGUUACUGUGCCGCAUGUGACAGCCUGGAUACAGCGGCGACGGCAGGGAUGUCUGCAUGCUCACCAGCCACGGCCACAGGUACGGCAUUUACACCAUCAACCGGAGAAAUGAGCCAACUGCGGCUGCAUGCAUCGUACAAGCUCCUUGGCACAGGGUCUCGUGUCGCGGCACGCAGUUGGAGUGUCAUUGCGCAUCCAUAA